GGGCAGGCCUACUGACUGCUGCCUGAAGGUGGCUGUAAAGGGACUAAGUAAAUCAAUUAACUCCACAGUUUUCAAAAAAGUCUCUUGAUAUCAAAACUUCUUUCCUUACAUGCUUCUCUGAUCCUGUGGAGAUGAAAAUUGACAUCCAUAGUCAUAUUCUACCAAAAGAAUGGCCAGAUCUAAAAAAGAGGUUUGGCUAUGAAGGCUGGGUGCAGCUCCAACACCACAGCAAGGGAGAAGCAAAGUUGUUGAAAGAUGGGAAGGUCUUCAGAGUGGUGCGAGAGAAUUGCUGGGAUCCAGAAGUUCGUAUUAGAGAAAUGGAUCAAAAAGGAGUAACAGUGCAAGCCCUUUCCACAGUUCCUGUCAUGUUUAGCUACUGGGCCAAACCUGAGGACACUUUAAACCUGUGCCAGCUUUUAAACAACGACCUUGCCACCACCGUUGCGAGCUACCCCAGGAGGUUUGUGGGUCUGGGGACGUUGCCCAUGCAGGCCCCCGAGCUGGCGGUCCAGGAGAUGGAGCGCUGUGUGAAAGAGCUGGGCUUUCCUGGGGUCCAAAUUGGCACCCACGUCAACGAGUGGGACCUGAACGCGCGGGAGCUCUUUCCCGUCUAUGCGGCAGCUGAAAGGCUGAAGUGUUCUCUGUUCGUGCAUCCCUGGGACAUGCAGAUGGAUGGACGAAUGGCCAAAUACUGGCUCCCUUGGCUCGUAGGAAUGCCAGCAGAGACCACCAUAGCCAUUUGCUCCAUGAUCAUGGGUGGAGUGUUUGAGAAGUUUCCUAAACUGAAAGUGUGUUUCGCACAUGGCGGUGGUGCCUUCCCCUUCACAGUGGGAAGAAUCUCCCAUGGAUUCAGCAUGCGCCCAGAUCUGUGUGCCCAGGACAACCCAAUGAACCCGAAGAAAUACCUUGGUUCCUUUUACACAGAUGCUUUGGUUCAUGAUCCUCUGUCCCUCAAGCUGCUAACAGAUGUCAUAGGAAAGGAUAAAGUCAUUUUGGGAACCGAUUACCCCUUUCCAUUAGGUGAGCUGGAACCUGGGAAACUAAUAGAGUCCAUGGAAGAAUUUGAUGAAGAAACAAAGAAUAAACUCAAAGCCAGCAAUGCCCUGGCAUUUUUGGGUCUUGAGAGAAAACAAUUUGAAUGACUGAAUUUACUACAAUGGCAAACUUUCAAAAGGAUAUUUCAUUUUUGUUUCUAAAUAUGUAUCAACAGGUAUUAACAAAAUCCUAUUUUGAACUGUUUUACUCAGAAAUAGAAUCUCCAAAAUAUCCUAAAUUAUUCAUAAUAAAAAUGAUUCAUAAGUGUUUUCAUUCUGAAAA